GUGACCGGGCAGAAUACUAGACGAAGAAGACUAGUUAACGGAGUUACCUGACUCCACGUACGCCUUCCACCUCGUCUAUUAAAGCAGGAGCCCGCGGUUCUCUUAUCUCUGUGAGGAAAUGUACCGUGAUUUCCGUUAAAACCCGGACUCGUAGUUUAGAGACGCUCCCUCCCUGCCCGGCCCCGCCCCUCGCGAAGGCGGAAGCGUGACGUGUGUUCGGCCGGUUGGUGCGGCGCGUGGCUCCGGUUGUGCUGCUUCUUCUCCCGGGAUGAGCUGCUGGCUGUAGCGGUCGGUGAUGCUGCGGCGGCUCCGGGCUCAGCUCCGGCAGGCGGUGGAUCUGAUGGCGAGGAGACCCGAGCUGUGCUGCGGCGCGAUCCUGCUCAGCUGCGCGCUCAUCCUCCCCAUAACCCUCACCUGCAGUCGUGUGAAGAGCGUGGUGGCAUCUCCUCGGGCUCCUCUGCGGUUCUUCCCGUCCGAGUCUCCUCUGGUGGAUCUGUUCCUGGGUCAGUUAGAGGAAGUGGAGGGUCUGCGGGAGGAAGCGGACGUGACGCUGGUCUUCUACUACGCUCCCUGGUGUGCUCACUGCAUCGCCGCUCGGCAGCACGUCCAGCAGGUGGCGCUGCGGCUCGCCCGACAGGUGCAGUUUGUGGCGGUGAACUGCUGGUGGAAUCAGGGCAGGUGCAGGAAGCAGAAGAGCUUCUUCCAGUAUCCAGUCAUUCAUCUGUACUACAGGAGCGUCGGUCCGAUCGAGUACAGGGGUCCAGUCCACUCUGAGUAUCUGGAGAGCUUCAUUCAGAGAGUUUGUGCUCCACUCACGUACCUGCCCUCCGUUAGAGCCCUGCACACCUUCCUCACUCAACACCAGCAGGCUGUGGUGGGUUAUUUCCAGUUCAGCACGUCUCCUCAGCCGGCUGGUUACAUCAUCUUCUUGUUGUCUGCUUUGCACGCACUCAGACGAGAUCAACAGGGGGAGGUGCACUUCGCUGUGGUGACCAAUCAGGCAGUGGCAGAGGGCGUGUCACUCAGGGAGGAUGAAAGUGUGUAUCUGCACCGGCGUUUGAACAGCUCGCUGGUCUUCCCGCGGACGCAGAGGAACUUCACCGCUCAGGCUGUCUGUGAUUGGGUGUUUGAGAACAGAGAGAGUGUCAUUCACUGGAUUCAGCCAACGGGAGGGAAGAGUUACUCGCUGGAGGUGGAGCUACAGAAAGGCCCUGCCCUCCUGACCUUCCUCCCACACAAUCCCCUCACAGCCAAUCAGCUGCUGUCCCAGGUGAGCGCUGUGGCUCUGCAGUAUCACUGCGGCUCAGAGGAGGACUGGUUCCCACGCUGCUGUCAGUCUCUGCCGGUCUCGUGGUCAGCUGAUGUGAGUGUGUGUGAGCUGUGUGUGUCUCGUUGCUGGGCUCUGGCUCUUUCUCUGCAGCGGGUCAGUCUCUCCUCCUGCAGGAGCGUCCAGAACUCGUACGGUGUGUUGGGCCGGGGGAGCGUCUGCUGCAGGAGCGUCCCCGGGCCCCCACCGGACUCCAUCACGGGUCUGCAGUGCCGCUCCAACAAGACCCUGCGCUUCUAUCUGCUGGACACUCAGCUGCACUGGCCGCUGGCGCAGAGACUCGGAGCGUCCGCUGACCUGCCCUUCAUCACCAUCAUCAACCUAAGGGACGAGACACACUACGUGCUGAACCGCACCGACGCUCUAGCAGAUUUCAUCCAGAACUUCAGCGCAUCCUACAGUCCUUUACACAGACAUCUGGUGGGACACAAACCACAGCAGCAGACGCGGUCCCUCAUACAGGAAGUGACCUCGGACAGCUUCCUGCACACCGUCAUGGACUCGCAGAAGGACGUGCUGCUGCUGUAUUAUUCGGCCUGGUGUGGUUUCUGCUCGGUUCUCAAUCACGUGUUUCUUCAGCUGGCUCGUCUGUUCCAGGGAAACAGCGCCCUCAUGGUGGCCAGAGUGAACGUUGGCCGCAACGAUCUGCCCUGGGAGUUUAUGGUGGAUCAUCUGCCGUCAGUGCUGUUCUUCCCCAGACACAGGAAGCAGAUGAGCGUGAAGUUUCCUGAAAACACACCCAUGACGGUCCCCAACCUGCUGCGGUUCGUUCUGCAGCACACGGGCCACGCCCCCUGGGAGGAGCCUGGUGGAGGGGCGGAGCCUCGGUCCCUGCUGGAGGCGGAGCUUCAGGCGCUGCAGCAGCAGGUGUUUUCUCUACAUCGGGCUCGGGAGCGUCUCUCCCAGCAGCUCUCGGUCCUGUGGAGGGAGAACCGGCGGCUCACGCUGCACACACACACGCUGCAGACCCAGAAUGCCGAGCUGCAGGAGCAGAGCGAGCAGCUGGAGACGCUCUACAGAGAGAAAACACAGCAGCUGAGCGACAGCGUUCACAGACUGCAGGAGCUGGCGGACGCUUCUGAAGAACUUCUGGAGGAGAACACGCUCCUCAGAGUCCUGCUCAGCGUCCUGAGAGAGAGAGACGCUCAGGACACACAGAGACAGGAAGAGGACCGUCGAGAGGAAGUAGAGGGACAGGAAGGGAAGUGUGAAGCUUCCUGACGACAGAUGAUUAGCAACCUGUCCAGCUCAUACCUCAAAAGCAAAUAAGAAAUGGUGUUUUAUGAAAAGAAAAUGUGUGUGCAUUGUUGUCAAAUUUAGGUACGUUUCCACUCGAAAUGCAAAUCAUGUCAUUCUCGUUACUGUAUGAGAAAUGAAGAUAUAUCUCUUAUAUCACAGUGGCAUUUCUCGUGCUGAUUUCAAAAAACAUUUUUUAUUAAAAUUGUAAAUGGCGUUUAAAACAAUCUAAUGAGAAUCACAAGAACAACUAAAAGUUCUGGAAAAAUCACAGAACUGAGAAUGAGAUUAUUUACAUUAAUGAGCUGUUUGUUUAAUUAUGAAAAUGAAGUUAUAAUUUAUAAAAACAUAGGAUCGAUUUUCUCUGCAGAAUGUAUCUUUUUUGUUUUCUUGUGGUUGGAGUGAAACAUGAUUUUCGGGGAACUGAAGAGGACAAACAAACUAUAGUAUUUCUGUUUGUUUUGUUAAAAUUAUUAUUUUUUUAUGGUUGAUAAAGUAUUGAUUUUAGUUCAGUAUUCAGGGAAUAUCAUAUUAGAAAGAUUAAAUUGAAGUUACUGGUGGUCGUUACUUGCAGGCCCAGAUUUAAUAACUAGGGGUUUGUUAAGAGUUUAAGGGCUUUCUUUACUGAGGUCUAAAGUCAACUCAGCCUUCAAUAACCUUCAGAGUAAUCUCAGAGAAACAUGGCUUUCAGGGAAACAAAGGUUUUUCACUUUCCCCCUUCGUUUCCGUCAGCGAGGUUUACGCUUAGUCUGUUAUUUGACUCUGAACCGCUCCAGCUGAUGAAUAAAACAAUGAAACUACAUCUCAA